UUCUGCCUACUAUACCCCUGCUAGUAGAAUUCGACGUGAAGAUGCUACAAAAAGAAGGCCGGAUGAACUCCUCUGGAUCACAAACCAGUCACCGUCUCAGGCUCCAAACGUUGUGGCAACAGCAGUGUUACGAUGGCCCAGGAGCGUCAAGGACACCGUUCCAUUUCCUGGUGCAUCCUCGUCGUCGUGGUGGUCCUGCUGCUCAGCGCUCGCGGGUCAUCUGCUAGUUGCUACAAGCGCAUCUUUGCCUUCGGCGAUUCCAUCAUCGACACCGGCAACUUCGUGUAUUCGACCGGCAGCGCUCCAAACGCGUUGAAGGAGUUCCCAUAUGGGAUGACCUUCUUCCACCACCCCACAGGCCGCGUCUGUGACGGGCGCGUCCUCCUUGAUUUCUACGCGCAAGCGCUGGGUCUGCCGCUGGUACAACCAAGCUUACCCGAGCAAAGAUCGGGACAAUGCACAUUCGGUGCCAACUUCGCCGUGUUUGCUGCCACGGCGCUUCCCCCACAGUACUUCAAAAGAUGGAACAUGGAUAUUCCAGGGUCUGCCAACCUCGGCAUGCAGAUGGGCUGGUUCAAAGAAGUAGUGAAACGGAUAGCACCAGGGCCCGGUGCGAGGAGACUCCUCGGAGAGUCUCUCAUCAUAUUGGGUGAGAUCGGUGGCAACGACUACAACUUCUUGUUCUUCGGUAGAAAUCAUACUCGUGAAACAGCCUACCAGUUCAUCCCAGACGUUGUCAACCGCAUCAUCAGUGUUGCCCAAGAGCUCGUCGAUCUCGGCGCGAGGACGAUCAUGAUCCCGGGGAACUUCCCCAUCGGGUGCGUGCCCAAGUACCUGAAUGAUUACCACACGGGCAACCCUGCAGACUACGACAAGUUCGGCUGCCUCAGGUGGUACAACGACUUCUCCAUGAGGCACAACAUGGCGCUGUCCAAUGCGGUCAAUAGGCUCAUGGCGCAGCAUCCACGGGUGAAGCUCAUCUACGCUGACUACUUCGGCGCCGUCAUGGAAAUCUUCAAGAACCCACACAGAUUUGGUCAGUAACCGAUGCUCGUGUUGAAAUUAGAGAUGAGCCUUAGGCCCAUUAAAGAAUUUCAGAAAAAUCUUCAAGGAUCCAUGUAGGUGGUGGCAUGACAAGGUGGUGGAAAGUUUAGUCCCAU